CCUUCUCCCUUCUCCCUCUAGUCCUCUAUAUAAAGAUGGCAAUGGACAUGCCAUCUCACACUCACAGCCAGCUUUGUGAAAGCAAGGCCCUUGUAGCCAGCUACACGCAGGAAGCCAGGAAGAGAAACCAGCAGCACAAUAUGGCCUCAAAGCCUGGCCCUCUCAGUCGCUGGCCAUGGCAAGAUCUCGGAAACUACAAGCAAACGCAUAUAUAUGCUGCACGCAGUGGAUGAGAUGAAAUUGAAUGAAGAAGAUAGAAAACUCUUGUUGCAUAUUACGCGCUGGUGGCUCCAUGGGCGGUGCGCAGCACGUACAGGUUCGUGACGAGCGGGGAGCGGGACCUGCUCGCCUUCGCCGUGCUGCCGGUGCUCCUCCUCCGCCUCCUCUACAGCCAGCUCUGGAUCACCGUGUCCCGCCACCAGACGGCCCGGAGCAGGCACCGGAUCGUCGACAAGAGCCUCGACUUCGACCAGGUCGACAGGGAGAGGAACUGGGACGACCAGAUCCUGCUGACGGCGCUUCUCUUCUACGUGGUGAACGCGGCGUUGCCGGCGGCGCAGUCUUUGCCGUGGUGGAACUCCAAGGGUCUGGUAAUGGUCUCCCUCCUCCACGCCGGCCCCGUGGAGUUCCUCUACUACUGGCUCCACCGCGCCCUCCACCACCACUACCUCUACUCCCGCUACCACUCGCACCACCACGCCUCCAUCGUCACCGAGCCCAUCACAUCGGUGAUCCACCCGUUCGCGGAGGAGUUGGUGUACUUCACCCUGUUCGCCAUCCCGCUGCUCACCAUGGUGGGCACCGGCACUGCCUCCGUGGCUGUAGCAAACGGCUACCUCAUCUACAUCGACUUCAUGAACUACCUCGGCCACUGCAACUUCGAGGUCGUGCCCAAGCUGCUCUUCGACGUCUUCCCUCCGCUCAAAUACCUGGUGUACACGCCGUCGUUCCACUCGCUGCACCACACGCAGUUCCGCACAAACUACUCGCUCUUCAUGCCGCUCUACGACCACCUCUACGGCACCGCCGACAAGUCCAGCGACGACCUGUACGAGCGCAAGCUCAUGCAAUGCCGGAACGAGGAGCAGGAGGAGGCGCCCGACGUCGUCCACCUCACGCACCUCACCACGCCGGCGUCCCUCCUCCGCCUCCGCCUCGGCUUCGCCUCCCUCGCCGCCGCGCCGGCGCCGCUCGCGUCUUCGACCCGCGGCUGCACCAGCGUCCUGGCGGCUGCCGCGCGCCCGGUGGCCGCGCUCCUUGGCCGGACCGCCACCGCCUUCAGGUCUGAGGCCAACAGGCUCCACAAGCUCAACCUCGAGACGUGGGUCGUGCCAACAUACACCUCUCAGUAUGAGUCGAAGCAAGGUUUGCAUGCAGUGGGGCGGCUGGUGGAGAAGGCGGUGGCAGACGCGGAGGCAAGUGGCGCCAGAGUACUCACGCUGGGUCUACUGAACCAGGGAAGCGAGCUGAACAAGAACGGCGAGCUGUACGUCAUCAGGAAACCUGACCUGAGGACCAAGAUCGUCGACGGCACCAGCCUGGCCGCCGCCGCCGUGCUGCACAUGAUCCCUCGGGGCACCGCCGACGUGCUCCUCCUGGGAGACGCCGGCGCCAAGAUGGCGGCCGUGCUGGCGUCGGCGCUCUGCGAACGCGGGAUUCAGGUUCAGAUGGUGGACAGGGACCUGUACGAGUCUCUGAAGCAGGAGGUGCGCCCAGAGACGCACAAGCAUCUUCUUCUCCUUUCUGACUGGAGCCGCAGCCGCAGCAGCAGCAGCAAGGUCUGGCUCGUCGGCGACAAGCUGACGGACGAGGAGCAGAGGAGGGCGCAGGGCGGCGUCCACUUCGUGCCCUACUCGCAGUUCCCUCCCGACGCCGUCCGCGGCGACUGCGUCUACCACAGCACGCCGGCGCUGGUUGUCCCGGACGCCUUCGAGAACCUCCACGCCUGCGAGAACUGGCUGCCGCGGAGGGUGAUGAGCGCGUGGCGCGCGGCGGGCAUCGUGCACGCGCUCCAGGGCUGGGACGACCACGAGUGCGGCGCCAGGGUCACCGGCGUCGACAAGGCAUGGCGCGCCGCGCUCGCGCACGGCUUCCGCCCCUACGACCGCCAUCACACCGCGGGUGGCGCCAGCAAGUGACCAUCAAGGAAUAUUGAAUUGGGUGGACGGACUACGAUUCUCGUGUGCAUGGCUUGGCUUGUCUGUGACGCUCAUCUACUACUGGUGGCAUAAUGCGUGCGUGGUUGUUCUGUGUUGCUUUCUUCUGCUGGAAAUGCGUAACAUUCCUAUUCCUAUUAUUAUGAUGAAGAAAAAAAAAUACUCUGGCAGACGAUUGAAAAUGCCUUUUUUUU